AUGUCACGCUUGCCUACAAUAUCGAACCUCAUGUCUCCUCCGGAGGCAAAACCACUUGAGAGCUUCUCUAUCACACCCGCAAAAUCUCCAUCCACAGCACAUUCCUAUCGCUUGAGCCCGGAACAGACCCUCGCGCCAAUGGCAAAGAGCACGACUCCAGAUACCAAGACGCUGAGAAUCCUACCAUCACCACCAGUCUCGCCAUGGAUGAACAAGCGGUACAAAGGAGCAAAGGGCGAGCGUGCAUCGCCGCAAAGUCAUGAACGGCGGUCUGAGGUGGUCAAAGACCCUGUAUUGUAUCCAGAAGGGUCCUUUGAGUCUGUCGAAGAACAUCCUCUGUUCCCGGCAGAAACUUCGAACUCGCACACGGAAGACAUCAUCAGCAAUCACAUUGCAAUGCAAGGUGGCAAAAAGACCAACCGCCCUACGCGUGACGAGUACCGCCUUGCACUGGCUUGCGUCUCUCAGAUCGGUAGUCUCUAUAACCGCAAUCCUGGUGCCUACAUGAAGAGACAACGGGAAGAGGUGGAAGACCAAUACUGGCAAGCAAAACGUAUCUGUGCCAAACCCGGCACAAGAGCUAUUCCGGUCGCCAUUGCUCCAGCACCGAAGCAGGCAAAGCGAGCCAUCAACCGUGUGGCAACACCCACCAAGGCUCCAGUCCCAAGGGUCAAGCGUACCCCGAAAGCUUCACCAAUGGCCAAGUUGAUGGGCUAUCCAGACAAAGGACGCUCGGCAACGCCUGACCGCUUGCCUGGCACAAAGCGCGAGGACGUCGACUACAACUCUCUUCCCGACUACGCACCUCCUACAGACACCCUUCCAAAAGGGAAUCCAAAGGUUCUAAAGGCAGAUUGGGCUAGCAACAACGUCCUUAACCUGUCCAAUGACCCGGAUCGAAACAUGCUCCAUGAGGCCGAAAUCAACCUCGCAGGCACUCUCCGCUUGAGCUGUGCAACUUAUCUCUGCAGCAAGCGACGAAUCUUCGAGGCCCGCCUCAACGCUCUCCGGAUUGGCAAAGAAUUUAGGAAGACGGAUGCUCAGCAAGCUUGUAAGAUCGAUGUCAACAAGGCUAGCAAGUUAUGGACCGCCUACGACAAGGUUGGGUGGUUCGGCAAAAGCUACUUUUUACAAUAUCUCUGA